UACAACACAAAUGCACAGAUCGUUACAGUAUCAAUAUCAUGAAUAUAAUACUGUUACUUUAUUGAACAAAGUAUUUGUAUAUCUACCCUAUGCAGUUAGUAUAUUUGUAGAAUAAUUUAAAUGCAGUAGUUACAACUGUUCUGUGUGCGUACGCGGUGUAUUCUGUGUUUUUAUUUAUUUAUUUAUUCAUCUGAGGUUCAGGGCUUCAGUACUAAUAUUCACCAUCAAAGUAAAACGUUUUGUUUUGGUCUAAAAUGUACGAGUUCCGUGGUUAAUGAAACGUGGUAAAAGAAAUCUAUGGAAUUAAAUAAAUGCAACAUUUUACUAUUGGCAACACACCACUAAAUUCUAUUUUCUUGUGAAAAAGAGCCACGCUUUUCUACGUGUUGGUUGGCACUUAAUCUUUGCAUUUACCAAUUUCCUAAUCUACUAAAGGACCACUGUUCACAUAUGACCUCACUAACAUGGCGGCGUCUCGACACUGCUUGACGCGUACGCAAGGUGAAGGGUGAGAGGUUACUGUCUUGCUUUCAGGCGGCGGGAGAUAUUAAUACGGUUGCUGGACGACUGAGAGAAACAUCAAAAUAUACCAGCGACUAAACGUGUGGGUGCCUGGUGGUCCUGUUCUCAGAUAAUAAAGUGUUUGGCCAUGUUCUCUGACCUCACAGCCCAGAAGGGGGCAACGUUGUUGGCCCCGCCUGCCCUUGAGGGCCCGGUCUUCGACAGAGUGUGCCCCUCCUCCUACACCAACUGCUCGGAGCGCUUCAAACUCGGGGAGCGGAGCUUCAGCCGCCAGUACGCUCACAUCUACGCCACCCGGCUCCUUCAGAUGAGACCCGUCCUGACCAAGAGGGCUCAGCAGAUGUGGGGAGCUGACAUACCGGUAAAGAAACUCUGUGAGAUCCAGAUGGGUGAGCAAUGUUGCAUUGUGGGAACCAUCUUCAAGCACAUGGACCUCCAGCCAUCUAUUCUUCGAGAGAUCAGCAGGGAGCACAACCUCCUACCUCAGCCGCCACGAGCAAAAUACAUCAGCCAAUCGGACGAGCUGAUUCUGGAGGACGAGUUACAGAGGAUCAAACUGGAGGGUGCCAUUGAAGUGCAGAACUUCGUCACAGGAAGUGUGAUUGCUGUUUACGGAGCUGAGAAGAACGAUGGGAAGUUCAUGGUGGAGGAAUACUGCAGAGCCGAGCUGCCCCCACAGUCCCCACGGAGAGGCCCCCAUGCUGACAGGUUCGUGCUCCUGGCCUCGGGGCUGGGUUUGGGGGGUGGCAAUGCGGACUGUCUCCUGGGUCUGCAGCUGCUGGUGGACAUGGUGACGGGGCAGCUGGGGGACGAGGGUGAGCAGAGUGGGGUGGCCCGAAUCUCCAGGGUGCUGCUGGCUGGGAAUCUGCUGAGUCAGAGCACACAGGACAAGGACUCCAUCAACAAGGCUAAGUACCUGACCAAGAAGACGCAGGCCGGCAGUGUGGAGGCUAUCCGGAUGCUGGAUGAGAUUCUGGUACAGCUGGCGGCCUCUGUUCCAGUGGACCUCAUGCCUGGGGAGUUUGACCCCACUAACUACACCCUGCCCCAGCAGCCUCUACACCAGUGCAUGUUCCCACUGUCCUCCGCAUACCCCACCCUGCAGCUGGUCAGCAACCCCUUCCAGGCAGACAUCGACGGGCUCCGGUUCCUGGGGACGUCGGGACAGAAUGUGAGCGAUAUCUACAAGUACAGCGGGCAGGAGGACUACAUUGAGAUCCUGGAGAGCACCCUGAGACUGAGCCACUUGACCCCCACUGCUCCAGACACGCUUGGCUGCUACCCAUUCUACCAGCGCGACCCAUUCAUUCUGGAGGAGUGUCCUCAUGUCUACUUCUGUGGCAACGCACCGGCCUUCCAGUCCAAACGAGUCAUAGGUGCUGACGGCCAAGAUGUCCUCCUUGUCGCUAUCCCAGAGUUCAGCUCGACGCAGACUGCCUGCCUGGUAAACCUGCGCAACCUGGAGUGCCAGCCAAUCAGCUUCUCCGCUUUCUCAGCCGAGGCGGAGGAAGAGAGUGAGAUGGAUAUCAGCCACUGAACGCAAGCUUAGCAGCUGAAGAGAGAAGCUCAGCCUGGGGGUAUAAGACCAAGGCCAGGCCCAAGUCUGUCGGUCUGUAAUACAGUUGUCAGACUGAUAAGUUGCUACAUUACCUGCACUCAGUACCAGCUGCUUCAGGCUAACAUGGAAAAACUUAUUUUUAAAAAAAAUGAAAAAUAAAUAAAUGUAGGUUAAAUCUAAUAAAAUAUUUCUAGUAAUAAUUGUAUUAUGCAGAUCUUGCAUUUUCUGAUAUAGAAGGUUCACACAUUUUUGGUAAACCUAUAUUUUCAAGUUUUAAUUUAUUUUGUAGCAAUUAGUGAAAAAAAUGUAUUGUGCUGCACAUAUUCCCAGCCUGUACUUUGAUGUUUAGUUUGUGAAGAUGUAAAAGCUCCAGUGUUCCUGCAUGAGGAUGUCAUGUUAAUGCCCAUUCAGGAUUGCCAGCUGGCUCCAGAAUUUACGGACACUUUAAGCCAGGUCAGGUCUUUUAACUCGCCUCUGACCGCAUAUUAAUUGAUUUUAAUUUGAACAUGCAACGUGAGUGUAAUUUGCGUGAGCUGUCGCUAAAGGAAUGUAAUUAUUUUGCUAACUAUUAGAACAUAAGAAAGUUUACAAAAACGAGAGGAGGCCAUUCAGCCCAUUUUGCUCGUUUGGUUGUUAGUAGCUUAUUGAUCACAGAAUCUCAUCAAGCAGCUUCUUGAAGGAUCCCAGGGUGUCAGCUUCAACAACCAUUACUGGGGAGCUGGUUCCAGACUCUCACAAUUCUCUGUGUAAAAAAGUGGCUCCUAUUUUCUGUUCUGAAUGUCCCUUUAUCUAAUCUCCAUUUGUGACCCCUGGUCCUUGUUUCUUUUUUCAGGUCAAAAAAGUCCCCUGGGUCGACAUUGUCUAUAUUGUUUAUGAUUUUGAAUGUUUGAAUCAGAUCGCUGCGUAGUCUUCUUUGUUCAAGACUGAAUAGAUUCAAUUCUUUUAGCCUGUCUGCAUACGACAUGCCUUUUAAACCCGGGAUGAUUCUGGUUGCUCUUCUUUGCACUCUUUUUAGAGCAGCAAUAUCCUUUUUGUAACAAGGUGACCAGAACUGUCUGGGGGCGAGAAUUACUUCCUGUGAGGAUCUUUUCCAUCAAUCAGACCUAUACAGCUUGCUGAUUUGCUGUAUUUGUGUGAUUGAGGCGGGACUGUGCGAAGCAAAAAUAAGUAUUACAUUAAUAGAAACUUAGCCCCAAGGUUAAACAAGAAAGAGUGCGGGUUAGUGCAGAAUUCUCUAUUACAACAGAAUUGCACUAUUUUGAUACAUAUUGUUUACCAUAUAACAUUUCAAGCAAUAUGAUUUUAAUACGUUAUGAUGGUCUCCGGAAAGAAUUGCCACCGCAAUUAAAUAAUUGAACACUUUUAUUGAAGCCGCUCACACAAUUUACACUCAUGUUACAUGUUCAGUAAAAUCAAUUAAUUUGCGGUUAGAGGCGAGUUAAAAAACCUGACCUGGCUUAAAGUGUCCAUAAAUUCUGGAGCCAGUUGGCAACCCUGUGCCUAUUGCAGAGACCUUCAAAGUACAUGAGUCUCAUGAAAAACAGUGGCUGGUUAAUUGUUGAGAUUGCAUUGCCUUCAGGGAGUAGAGUCGUUGUAUAAUGAAUAAAUGGCAGAAAGUCAGAACUUUUUUUUUUUUUUUUUAAACCAUUUUUUUA